AUGCCACGUUAUUAUACUUGGAAUGCUUCAUCGAAGAAUUUUCAAAGACGGAAGCAAGGCGAUGCGGUUCCUGGGUAUCCAGAUGUGCGUUCUACUGAUGCUCUUGGUCGUAUGUAUACAGUUCAUCCAAAGAAUAAUGAAUGUUUCUAUUUGCGGUUGUUGCUGGUAAAUGUGCGUGGGCCAACGUCAUUUGAGUCACUACGAACUGUUAAUGGUGUAAUAUUCCCAACAUAUCGUGCUGCAUGUGAAGAAUUGAAGUUAUUAGAAAACGAUAGUCAUUGGGAUACGACAAUUGCUGAAGCCAUUAUCUCUGCAUCUCCAAGUCAGAUACGCACAUUAUUCGCUAUCAUAAUUUCGACAUGUUUUCCAUCAAACCCAUGUAACCUGUGGCACAAAUACAAGGAUAAUAUGUCAGAAGAUAUUUUACAUCAAAUUCGUGUCAGUUCCAGAAAUCACGAUAUUGAGAUGAAUGAGGAGAUACAUAAUCGUGCUUUACUCUUGAUCGAAGAUAUGUGUUACCUCAUGUGCGGUAAUUUAUUAAUCAGGUUAGGAAUGCCAGCACCAUAUCGUGAAAUGAAUGACGCAUUUAAUCGAGAAUUGGAAAGGGAACGUGAAUAUGAUCACCAGGAAUUAGAUUUAGUAGUUCAAACGAAUGUACCCCUGUUGAAUUACCAACAAAAGGAAGUUUAUGAUACUUUAAUGAAGGCAAUCGAUGAUGAAAAUGGUGGUUUAUAUUUCCUAGAUGCCCCUGGUGGAACUGGCAAGACAUUCCUCAUGUCAUUAGUUUUAGCAACUGUUCGGGCGAGAUUUAACAUAGCGGUUGCAGUUGCUUCUUCUGGAAUAGCAGCCACAUUGUUAGAAGGAUGCCGUACGGCUCAUUCAGCAUUCAAAUUACCGUUAAAUCUUCAAACUAUUGAAGAACCAACGUGUAAUAUUGCAAAACACUCAGCAAUGGCCAAAGUUUUAGCGGUAUCGAAAAUCAUCAUCUGGGACGAAUGCACAAUGGCGCAUAAACGUGCAUUAGAAGCACUUAACCGAACAUUAAAAGAUUUACGCAAUGACUCGAGAUGUUUUGGAGGAGCAAUGAUUUUACUUUCUGGCGAUUUCCGCCAAAUACUGCCAGUAAUUCCAAGAUCUACGGCUGCCGACGAAAUAAACGCUUACCUCAAAUCGUCAAAUCUAUGGCGCCAUGUGAAGAAACUGCAACUGACAACAAACAUGAGAGUUACAUUGCUUAAUGAUACAUCUGCUGAAGAUUUCUCGGAGCAAUUGCUGACUAUCGAAAUUAUUUCUAACUACAAAAAUUAUGAAUGGAUGAGUGAGCGAGCAAUUUUAGCGGCUAAGAAUAAAGAUGUAGAUGACCUAAACUACAUAAUUCAAAAUAAGAUCAUUGGAACAAUGCAUUCAUUCAAAUCUAUUGACUGCGUCACAAAUGAAGAUGAAGCCACCAACUAUCCAAUUGAAUUUUUAAACUCUUUGGACGUGCCUGGCUUACCACCGCACAAUUUACGCCUAAAGGUUGGCUCCGUAGUAAUCAUGCUUCGAAACAUAAACCAACCAAAACUGUGCAACGGUACGCGUUUGGUGGUUAGAAAAUUGAUGAACAAUGUAAUUUACGCUACGAUAAUGAUAGGAAAAUUCAAAGGUGAGGAAGUUCUCAUUCCGAGGAUACCGAUGAUCUCAACCGAUAUGCCGUUUGAAUUUAAAAGACUUCAAUUUCCGAUACGUCUUGCAUUUGCCAUGACCAUCAACAAAUCACAAGGCCAAUCCUUAAAAGUUUGUGGUUUAAAUCUAGAACAUUCAUGUUUUUCCCAUGGUCAAUUAUACGUGGCAUGUUCACGGGUCGGAAGACCAUCUGCGUUGUUUGUUUUUGCGCCUGAUAAUAAAACAAAAAAUGUCGUGUAUCACAAGGUACUUAAAUGAAGAGCAACCUAUGUACUAAAAUACAGAAAUAAUUAUGAAU